UCUCCUGAUUGAUGUAUUGGUCUGACUUUAGCGCAUUAGCGUAGUUUUUGAUUGGUAUUCAUUAUACUAGACGUCCCGAGUCACUCCUGAAAAGAUUCAUAUCUCAGGCAGCAAUCCGCGUAAUCAAACACAAAAAUAUUCUAUAAUUGCUACAUUGAAAACUAAUCCCACCCAAACACUGUGCCUCAUAACAAACACUCUGGCAGACCGGCCGCGUGAUCAGACGCUCAGGCAGGUACUUUUUUCCGCUCAAACAACCACAAGCUGUCGGAGCUGCCGGUCGGCUUUGUCCCGAACGAGAGUGUAAAAAUGAGCGAAGAUCACAAGCGAGAGUAUUUACAAACCAGUUUCCUGCAGAAGGUGUUAUCCCAAAACAGAGACACGAUCGAUUUGGAAAUAGUAAAAUGCUCACUAGAGGUCCCAUCUCACUUCGAUGGUUUCAUGGCAACUAUUUACUGGUUGGUCGUUGCCGUAAAAAAUCGUAAAACACACGAACCAUCGAGACUGGACCUGCUAGUAAAAGUGAUGAAAGGAGACGACGAAUCCCGCCGCGUAUCGCAGAGUCUUACAUUGUUCCCAAACGAAAUCAACGUUUACCGGAAUGUUCUGCCCACGUUUAAAAAAUUGAUAAACGUACAACAAGCCGCUAUCGAUGCCACAACAUGGAGCCCGCGAAUUUUCUUCGCUGAGCAAGGACUGUUCCCAGAAUACAGCGACCAAUUCGAAACAAUUCUCGUUAUGGAAAAUGUCCAAUCAAUGGGAUUCACAAGUGGCCCACGGCUCGAUUUGGAUGAAAACCAUUUGAACCUGAUGGUUCGCAAAAUUGCACAAUUCCAUGCGUGCAGCUAUGCGCUUCGCUUGAUUGAUAAUCAAAAGCUCAAUCAGCUGGUGGAGAGCAUUAUUCCACUCAACUUCGUUCAGGAUGGAAAGGUAAUGUUCGAAAGCUAUGAUCAGGUGUUUCGAGCGACACAGAAAAGAAUGUUCAAGUAUUUUGAAUCAAAAAAAGACCAAUUGAAUAACAAUGACAUUUAUGGCGAUAUUGAAAUGCUAAAAAAGAAAUAUGGGGAUAAUCCGUCGCAGUUGAUGCAAAGAUGUUUACGCAGAGACGACGUGUAUUCUGUUAUACUUCACGGAGAUUAUAAUCGAAACAAUGUGCUAUUCAAAUACGAAGAUGGAAAAGCCGUGGACGUACUAAUGAUAGAUUUUCAAGAAAACCGAUUUGGAUCUCCUGCUUUAGAUUUGUCGUUUUUCAUGUACAUGAAUAUGACGGAAGGUGUAAGAAAUUCACAUUGGGACGAACUGCUACUUAAUUAUCACGAAGAGCUGAUAAGGUGCAUUACAGAAAUUACCAAAAUCCCUUCAACCGAUGUUCGAAUGAACCCAUACAAUUUCCCAAACAUGAUGGCUCAUUUGUCCAAUUACUUCAUUUACGGAGCACUCAUCGCCGCCAAGUUUCUGCCGGUCAUGAUGGGGAAUCCGGAAGAUGUCGCCGAAAUUUCUUACUACUUCCACAAGGACAUAUACGCAGAUGGCUUCCGGAAGGCAUUGACCAGAGCCGGAGGAGAAGAAACGGAUCGGAGAACUGCCAGUUUGUUGAGCCACUGUUCCCAACGGGGAUAUUUCAAAUUUCUGUGGACGUAAUUUGAAUCGACAAAGUGCGUUCGCAUCAAGUCGUCUGAAAACACUAAGUACUGAAAUUGUUAUUGUCAUUCGAAUGAUUAGGUAUUAUCUUUUGUUCAGUCAACUGGUUUACAUAGUUUUAUUCAUAUGAUAGAUGUAGUAUAAAAGUAAAAAAGAGCUUUAGAUAAAAUAGAUAACUAGUUUUUAUAUUGGUUUUCGAUUAUAAACAUAUAAGCAUGCCAACCACUUAAAUAACAGCAAAAUUGAAUAAAAAUGUAGUUGGGUUACCGCUCCUUGAAUUCAUACGAAUGUUAUUGAUAUAGAAGCAUGUUAUUAAUAAUAAAACAGUUACCUUACUAAAUUGCGUAUCGCCCAGAAAGAA